UUCGCGGAUAUUUUUACAAACAGUCUAGCUUGGGUCGUUAUUAGUAGGCUUUAAGUGGAUUUUAACAAAAAUUUUGGUCAGGCAAAAUUUCUAGAAAAUGGCUAAACUACAGCUUUUGAAUGCUUACCUCACCGAGCGGUUAAUGGUGGCUGUAGAUGAGAUACUGGAGGUGGUCGGGGGGACAGUGUCAGAAUUCGAGGAGGAGACUGCCCGGACGAAGAGAGAGAAUGAAGUCCUAAAACGAAGGUUACGAGAAGUUGGACUCGACACGGGAACGGAAUGUUCAGCAGUCUCGACCAGGCCUGUUUCUCUCUCUGUGUCUGGGCAGCACCAGUGGAGUUCCGACCAGGGUCCAGACCUUGAGUCUACACAGACCCAGAACCACAUGGUAAUGAGCCAGGAUGAGAUGCCUGCCACACAUAGCCAGCUACCCACAGACUGCACCGAGUGGAAGAGUCUGUGUAACUCUCCACGUACCAUGUCCUCACAACAGACCGAUACAUCAGCUACCACCCCAGUAGUAGCUCCAUUGACUUCAGCGUCCGUGAAAAGGGACUUGGACGAAGAAGACGACCAGCUUCUACUUCCCUCUGCAAAUCCCUUCAGCAGCACAUCAUGCCCCGUGGACAGAGUGGUUUUACACUAUAACUCUGAGAGCAUCAAAACAGAGCCUAGUGAUACUAGCCCUAUUGACUUGGGGUCAGUAUCUGCUCAGAUGGGGUGUGGUGAACUAAACCCCAGUUCGGACCCUGGACCAGCCACUGUUGAAACCAGGUACAUUGUUUCAGACCUGAGCGCUGACCUGGAAUCAGUGGUUACAGACAGCAGCAGGUAUGGUGCCUCCACUGCCUCGGGUGUCCCAACUGACCUGGUAUCAGCUAGUGCGGCCAUGAUCCCAGACGGCUUUUUCCGUCAGAUUGGCAGCGAUGGUUGUGUAACAACAGGGCCAGAACUAGACUUCGGGGACACCACCACCACCAGUACCGUAGGUCCCUUGACCUCCCUGUUCUAUCCGGGUCAAACCAGACGUCAACAACAAACAAAUAGAUCAACAAAUAGGGGUCAUCAACAAGUAAACAGGUCCACAAACAACAGGGGUCAACAACCAACAAACAGCAGGGGGGAUCAGAAGUCCCACCCGUGCCCUCAGUGCGGUAAGAUAUUCAGUCACGUGUCACGCCUCAAGAUCCACCUCCGCAUUCACACAGGGGAGAAGCCGUACGUUUGUGCACUGUGUGGCAAGCGAUUCAACAACGAUGGCACACUGAGGAACCACCGGCGCGUUCACACAGAGCUGCGGUUGUACGGCUGCCCUGUCUGCGGCAUGAGCUUCAAGGACGCCUACACGUGUAGGAAGCACCAGCGCGUACAUAAUGGAAUGCGGCCUGCCGGUGGCGGGGCCCACACCUGCAGCUUGUGUGGCAAGGCUUUCAGUGAGGCAGCUAAGCUGACCAAACACAUCAGGACUCAUGUCUCAGACAUUGGAUGAGGGCAGUACAAUCUAUAAAGACUUUUUAUAGCAUACACAAAGGCUUUAUAAGCACUAUAUAAAUGCUUCACAAAUAAUCUAUAAGUGUAAGUGUAUGUCAUACAUGGUGUAUAAAGGGUGACAAAACAAUUCCCACUGUAGAGUUUAUUGCCAAAUGUAAGUUAAUACACUAUUUAUAGAUUAUGACAUAUGCUUAUGAUUUGUAAAGCAUUUAAAUAGUGUUAUAUAAAGCCUUUCUUUAUAAGUUUUUCUUUGCAACGGAGCUCCCGAGUGGCGCAUCCUUCUAAGGCACUUCACCCAAAGUGCAGCGGGGCGUCACUACAGCCUGACGUGACCCGGGAGUUCCAAGGGCAGUGCAUAAUUGGCCUAGCACUGUCCGGGUUAGGGGAGGGUAGGGUUGGCAGGGGAUUCCUUGUCUUAACUUGCUCUAGCGUCUUCGCAUGGCGGACUGGGCGCCUGCAAGCUGACUAGGGUCGUCAAUUGAACGGUGUCCCCUCCAACACAUUGGUCCGGCUAACUUCCGGGUGUUUAUAAGAAGCAGCGUGUUUGUCCGAUCCUCACCUCUCCUGAGCCCGUUGGGGAGUUGCCAUAAUGGAACACAAUUGGAUACCACAAAAUUCUUUCAUUUCUAAAUGGCAAAACAGAUAUAUAUGAAAAUCUCUAAUCCAAAAUGCUGGAGUAUAGAGACACAUUUUAUUUUAGCUUCACUGUCCAAAUACAUAUGGAGGGGUGUGUAUGACCAUGGCUGCACCGGCUUCAACGGGACAUGUCUUUGUGUACUCUGUCUGUGGCAGACGGUGUGCAUCCCGCAUCUGAUUAUACAGUCAUCAGCGAUCCCACAAGGAGUAGUUGAAGUCAUCAUCAGAUGUGAUGGACUACCUUAAGCAAGCAGCAAGUGUGUGUAGACGUAUUCUUUUUUUUACUGUGCGUGUGUGUUUUACUUUACUGCAUUUGUGUUUGUGCACCAGCCCGUCCAAAGGGCAGCGGGUCCCAGUCUGUCAGUCUGUUACAGGGAGGUUAUUUACUUUUGCUGUGUUGUAGUAUUGAUCCACUUCCUGCUUGUGACUCGGGGGUUGGAGCCUACUGACCUUAGAGACUGCAGAGGAUGAACCAUAGGUUGAAGACACUGGUGUCAAACACAAUUCCUUGAGAGCCACAGUCAGUGUCUGCUUGUUUUUUAUCUUAAAAAAAAAAAAAACGAUUUUAGGAUCUAGAUCUGCAAGAAAAACCGGGGUCAUGUUGACUUGGCAUAAAACGGAUAUUAACUGAAACUAUUUGAACUUGUCCAAUAACAAACACUGAUUAAUUAAGUAAAAGGCAGGAACCAAAACCCACUGACACCACAGUGCAGAAUCUAAGGACUGGAGUUUUACUUGUGUGGUUUAGGAGUCCAAAACCACAUUCCUUACCCCAGGACACUUCAUAAGGUGACUAUCCAGGAAAAUGAAAGGAAAAUGAGCACCCCGUGUCUGCACUGAACUAAGGAUUUUAUUUAGAGAGACACAAACCGGCUUAGGAUGCCUUCAUUAGAGUCUCAUCAUGGUCUCUCAUAGCAAGUGCUCAGACUUUGACUUAUUGUGGCGCUGAUAGUUCAGAGCCUUAUGUACAAUAAAUGGGUUUAUUUUUAAA